CCAACUUUUUUUUUCUUCUCUCUUUCAUUAACCCAAAACUUCACCAUCAACAUGUCCUCCAACGUUCAAGCCCACGGUGUGAAUAAGGUUAUUGUCGCCUUCAAGGAGAAUACCCCUGCCUCUGAGAUUGACACUGCUGUAAAGGACGUUGAGUCCAAGGGAGGCAAGAUCACCCAGAGAUACACGACAGCUCUGUUGGGAUUUGCCGCUGAGGUUCCCGAUGCUUCUAUCCAGAUCCUGAGUGUCCACCCUCACGUGGACUAUAUCGAACCCGAUGGCGAGGUCACCAUCUAUGCGAAGAGCCUGCUGAGCAAGUGAAGAUCUGUUUUACCUUCGAAUCCAUCAAGCAGAACAUGGCCGGGUGUAUCUGCAUAUUGAGGAAAGCAAUGAGAAACUGAGCGUUCGUCUAGACUAUAAACCGCGUAGAUUCAAUUGCAUUAUGGCUAUAAAGAAGAAUACCAUGGCACUCCGUUACUUCCCAGCUGCCUCUGCUGCACGCCA